AUGGUAGGGCCUAGGGUAAGGUAGUGCCUAAGGAACGAUAAGGCCUAGAGUACGGUAGAGCCUUGGGUACGGUAGACCCUAGGGUACGGUAAGGCCUAGGGUACGGUAGGGCCUAGAGUACGGUAGGGCCUAGGGUACGGUAGGGCCUAGGGUACGAUAAGGUAUCUGUACUGACAAAACUACAUUUUAGGGUCAUGCCAAAUACGCCUUGACAAACUUUGCCGUGAUUCACGGUAAACAUGUUUAUGUGUUGAAGAAAGUACGGUACGCCAAGAAGCAACAAAACAAGAAAAAUUAUAUUCUGGGCAUUGAGUACAGUCACAAAAAGAAUGGCGUGGUCUUGUGCAUUGAAGCCAAAAUGGAAUACAAAAAGAACAGUGCUCGACCAACCACUUCCUUCAAGGCUUGUGCUACUGAAGGAGAGGUUUAUGGAUAA